UGCAGUUGAGUUGUUUAUGGCACAUUUUUAUUAGUAGAUUCUAGAUGGAAGUCUAGUUUUUAAAAUCUAUUUGACCAUGUUAGGUCUUGGUGUUAUAAGAUGUGAUGGUGUAUAGUUAGUUUCUAUACAUAUUAAUAUAAUGGCUCAAUGAUCCAUGUGUUACGCUUGGAUAGACUUUUCCAGAGGGUAUUACGUAGGUUUUCCUCUGAUUCAUCACGUUGGUCACAAUGUAAAACUGUCCGGGAUCUGUUGCAGUCAGUGCAACAUGUUCAUCACAUGGAUGAGGCCGAGCUCCGUCAUUUGGAGGCUCAUUCCCGUAAUCUUCUAACUGGCAACUUGCGAGAUGCUGCUAUGUUAAGUUUGAUGUUGCAUAACUUUGGUGGUAAUGUAGAUUCUUUACUAACCUCCAUCAAGGUCUCUACUAGUAGCCCUGACCUUGAUAUUUACUUCCGUGCAACGGCAGAAUGUGGUAUUGAAAAGCCAUCCGUCUCACUCCAGGAUAUUUUGGACACUCCUGGUGCUGUGACAUCAGCUCGUGAGUUGUACAAUUUUUUUUGUGGCGCUUGCUUGUUUAGCCAGCGUGGUGUUUUGAUGCCCUUAGAAUCUCUCGUGGAGCGUGUAUAUAACCUAGGCUUUGAACAAUUCAGUAGUUUGCAACUAUUACAGAUGGCUGGAUGUAUUGCUCUGUUUGAAGAUGAUCGUUAUAGGGCCCUUGUAGUAUCACUUUGUGAUGAACUAUCUAAUCGCAAAUUACAUGAUGUAGUUUUCGGUGACUUGAUUGAUGGUCUAUCAAAAUUAUGUCGUCAUUAUCAGUCUGAUAUACUAUUUCCUAAGUUCAUAGAGUACAUGGGUGCAUACAGCGCCGACUCUAUGCUUUCUCCGUCUGAAAUGAGUGCUGUGUUAUAUAUACUAUCACGUUAUAGAAAGGGCGAUCCUAUUUUAAUGGACCGUUUAUCUAUUAACCUUCGGAGGGAUAUCGGUAAUUACGACUUGAUACAAAUAUCUCGUGUAGUGGUAUAUGUAUCUCAGAUUGGUUAUUACAAUCGUGCUUUGGUAUCACUUUUGGGUCGUAUGGUCUUGACAUUGAUUGAUUGCAAUUCAAUUGUUGACCCUUCUGUUCUUACUAACUUGUACACUGGUUUUUCACGAUUUUUACAUAACAAAGGUCUAUUCGAUCUAUUCUCUAGUAUACUACGUAAAGAGGAGGUAUUUGCUGAUCUUGCGUUGCACGAUGCGGUAUCUAUUGUGCAGUCCUAUGCUCGUGUCCAUGUUAUUGAUGACCGGCUGUUUAGGUUAUUUGAUGCUAAGUUAUUUACUCAGCCUUUGAACACUACAUUGAGUUAUAAGCUACUGGUUGCUCAUGGGAAGUUGCGUUACUUCAACCCUAGGUUACAUAACCUAUUGGUGAACAACAUUAAUCUACAGGAGGUUGUUUCUGAUAUUGAUCGUGAGAAGCUCAAGCUAGCUGCCGAGCGCCUUGGUUUAUUCUUCCCUGAGCUCGUUGACUCCGGUAUUGACUCUGCGAUACCUCGUAUAACAUGGCGACGCAUGACUCCUAUACGUAAGAAGUUAGGUCACGUCCGACGUCGUAAGUGGACUUGGUGAUUACCAUCCGGUCCAUCGGUAGUAA